AUGAACCAGAUUACCAAGCGCUGUGCUGAAGAAAUAGCUCCAAUACCAACACUCUUCACAGGCGAACUCAACAAACUCCGUGGCCAAGACUGGGAUGAUGCCAGCAGAGAAGUCGUUGAGCGUCUUCCAACUUUCAACACAGCUAAAUCAUCAUUGUAUAGAUCCCGCCGAAGACAGACACAACAACUACCAAAAGCCGUGAGCGACUUUGUACUUGGAGGGAAAUGGACAGAGACAGCAACCGGGGACAGAUUUCUACUAUUUGAUGACAGCCAGGAUGCCAAACGAAUUAUAGCCUUCGCCACUACCGAGAACCUCCACUACCUUGCAACAUCAGAAACCUUCUUAUGCGACGGAACCUUUUACACAUGUCCCAGCCUCUUCCACCAGAUCUACAGUAUCCAUAUCCCGAUUGACGAGAAGAUGACACCAGUCGUGUAUGCCUUUCUCUCAGGAAAGAGCCAAGCCAUCUACAGAAGAUUUUUCCAGCUACUAAAAGACAAGAUGGCUAAACUCAACUUAAGAUUUUCUCCAACCAGUGCCCUCGCCGACUUCAAGACUGCAGUCCACAACUCAAUUAGAGAGGUCUUUCCAGAUACUACAACCAAGGGAUGCUUCUUCCACUAUACACAGAGCAUAUGGAGAAGAGCACAAGCAACAGGCCUACAGAUCCUCUACAAAGACAACGACGCAGUGAAGACCUUAGUGAGACGCGCAGCAAUCCUACCACUUGCGCCAUUGGAAGACAUUGAAGACGUCUGGUUCCAGGCCUUAGAAGAUCGAGAUGCCGCAGACCUUACCCAGCAGACACAGACCUUCACAGACUAUGUAACAGAGCAGUGGAUAGAAGGAGACCGACAGCUUUGGAACCAUUUCCAUACCGAAGGACCCCGUACCACCAACAGUGUAGAAGGAUGGCACAGCAAGAUAAAGAAGAUGACACAGCACGCCCAUCCAAAUAUAUAUUCUGCAAUCCAGAUGUUCAAUGAUAUACAAAAUGCCAAUGAAAUCAACAGAAUCCAGAGAGCAGCCGGAGGAACCAUGCGACCACGUUCCAAGAAAUAUAUGAAUAUUGACCGACGCCUAUCGACACUGAAGGAAAGAUACCAAAACAGAACCAUCGACCUGAUGACAUAUGUAGAUUCUGCAUCCCAACUCAUCCAUCUCGGAUAA